CCUAAGCUUCCCCCCGGCCCGCCCGGCCUGCCACUCAUAGGAAACCUUCUUCAGUUCCCUUCCAGCCUGACCAGAUUCACAUUUGACAAAUGGCACAAACUAUACGGACCAUUCGUGGGUCUGUCCCUAGGGACAAAGCACGUCAUUAUAAUCGGGAGCGCCUCGAUCGCCAGCGAGUUAUUCGGAAAAAGAGGUCGUAUCUACAGUUCUCGACCUCGAAUGGUCAUGGCUCUAGAAAACUUGACGCACAAAAUGCACACGGUAUUCCUGCCAUAUGGGCCGCAAUGGCGAGCUCAUAAUCGCAUUCAUAGAACCAUUCUCGCUCCGAGCAAAGCCCAACAUUUUCACGAGCUCCUUGAAGCAGAAACAAAGCUGACUCUGCAUGAGUUGCUACAUGCGGAAGACUGGGACGGAAGCAUUGUACGCUUCACGUCAAGUGUUGUGUAUAGUCUUGCGUAUGGGCAACGCCUCCAAGGAGACGAGAAAGAAGUCCGAGAAAUGUCUGAAUUUGUCGAGGAAACGAUGCGUGCAAUCUCCGGGACUUGGAUGGUAGAUAUAUUCCCCUGGAUUAAUCUACUUCCCAGCUUCCUCAACCCAUGGAAAAGAUUUGGGGAUCGCUGUCAUCAACAGGCCAUGCGUAUAUUUGCAGAGAGCACCAAGCGUGCUAUGCACACCCCGGGGUGGAAUUUCACCAAGCAUGUCCUGACUACAGAGCAGACUGGCGAGCUCAGCAGCGAGGAACUGCUUUAUAUAGUCGGGGUGCUUUUCCAGGCCGGUAUCGACUCCACCUCUACAACCUUCCGGUAUUGCAUCCUGGCGUCCAUCCUGCAUCGUGACAAAGUGGUGAAAGUCCAGCAGGAACUAGACGCCAUUGUGGGAAACACCCGACCUCCAAAUCUGGAGGAUAUUGCUGCGCUGCCUUAUACGAGAGCGUUCAUCAACGAGGUUCUCCGCUGGCGACCUAUCACAAUUGGGUCAUUAGCGCACUGUAGCUCUGAGCACGACACGUUCAUGGGUUACGAUAUACCUAAAGGUUCGGUGGUCAUACUCAACCACUGGUCUGCCGCCUUAAGCACUGAGACCUACGGGCCGGACGCCGCCUGCUUCCGCCCGGAACGUUGGAUUGAAGAUCCUGAUCUUCCGCUCCUGGCGUUUGGCUGCGGGCGUCGAGCCUGUUCGGGUCAAUAUCUCGCCAAGAAGGAGCUUGAGAUCUUGAUUCCUAACAUCUUGUGGGCCUUCAACAUCGAAGCCGGCUGUGUAGAUGGGAUCCAGGCGAGCCUAGAUCCUUGGGAUCUUCAGGAAAUCGGUGGACUUCUUCGACCGCCCCCGUUUCCGGCUAGGUUUACUCCUCGUGAUGACGAGCGACGGGCCAUCAUUGAGCGCGACUUCAAAUCCGUUGAU